GACGUCACGGCCUGGCUUUAAGAGAACCGGCUGCUGUAACUUUCUUGUUUUCCUGCGCUGGUUUUCUUCCUUACCACGGCUCAGAAAGACUGCCAGCUGUCAGCUGGGCUGAAAAGUUCAAGAGCCCGAAGAGAGAGAACCAUGCUCCGCUGCAGGAGGUGUCGGAAAGGCAUCAUAGACUCCACGUGUUUGUCAAUGCAGGUUGAGGCCACAGAUGAAAGCUCAGCUGCUGUUUGCAGUAUUUGGCACGUGAAUGUUGACACGUUGCCAGAGUGGAUUUUGACCUCGGUUCACCAGGCCCAGUGGACUGUGGGAAAACUGAACUGCCAGAACUGCUCGGCUCGUUUGGGCGGCUUCAACUUCAUUAACCGCAGCGAGUGUCCCUGUGGCCGGGACGCCACUGUCCACCUCAACAAAAGCCGCGUGGAUCGGGACCACAAACACUACGUUCUCAUAGUCCAGCCGAGGAGGACGAGGCCUAGGAAGGAACAGGCCGGUCUGCUGACAGGCUCUCAGAACAAAGAGCAGAGGCCUGAAUUUAAUAGGACUGUGCUGGACAGCUUACAGCUCAACUGUGCGGCUGUCAUGUCCCACAGCAGCCCUGCGGAGGCCUCCAGUUCGCUGGCUGACAGUGAAAACACCCACUCAUUUUCUUUCAGCCCCCUGUACUGCCUCUCUCACAGGAGACGCUGCAGUUUGGAAGACGAUGCCACCAUCAGGUCGUCUUGUUUCUGCCCCGCAGGCCCUACGGACAAGUCUGCUGUCCAGAUGACGAGGGCGGGGACGGAUGAGUCUGCACGGUCACCUGUGUCGUAUGCCACAAGUCAGCAGUUUGACAGCGAUGGUGAAGCCUCUGUCAACGCUGUGGCCUGCCAUCCACAGGUUUCUGGACGGACGCGGUCACCUCCACAUGAGCCGCUGCUUCAGACUGCGGAGGAUGUCGAGUCUUCUCCAGAGACCACAGCUGUCCACGAGGAGGUUUCAGAUUCAGCCCUGUUCCUCAGAGGGAGAUCCAUCUCUGACAGUGUAGCUGAGCAGGACGAGGAAGAGCUGCCUCAAGCCUUUAUGGCCUCCCCAGCCUCAAACAGAAUGAGCAAAAGAGAGAAGAACCGUCUGAAAGCUAUUCGGAGGAAACAGAGGAGGAGAGAGCGAUGGCUGCUCAGUCAGCAGGAGCAGGCUGAGAGUGUGAGCGGUUCACUGUUGCACAGCGAGGAGGAAGAGGAGGACAGAGAGGGCCUUACCUGCGCCGUGUGUCUCGACGUCUACUUCAGCCCGUAUAGCUGUCAGCCCUGCGGUCACGUCUUCUGUGAGCCGUGUCUCCGCUCGAUCGCCAAGAACCGACCGACAAACGCACCCUGCCCCCUCUGCCGAACCCUUAUCUCACACACCAACUUCCACAAAGAGCUCAACCAAACAGCUAAGACCUUCUUCCCGAAAGUGUAUUACGCCCGCAAGCAGAACUUCCAGAGUACUUCAUGUGCAAAAUGGCCUCUGCCAAGCUGUCCUAAACGCUUCCGUGCCUUCUGGGGAGAGCAGAGACACGCAGCGAUGGCAGGGAGACGCUGGCACUUUGCCCAUGGAGGUUUCACGCUGGAUGCUUUGGACCUCACUGACAUGCGCGGCUGGCUCUUCGACAUCGGCCUGGUCAUCGUCUACAUCCACUCAGUCAACUGGAUCCUGGCUUUCCUGUUGCUCUGUUUCCUCAUGUACUACUUCUUCUUUUGAGACUGAGAAGAACUCAAGAGUUUACAGUACUUUUUUCUUUCUUUACAAAGAGUGGUUAAUUUGCGUUUUUUCUCGUUCCACCAGUUAGAUUAAGUCACAAGUCAAACCUGUUAUUUCAGUGGUAAAGUAUCUUACAAAUAGCAGAGGUGGUUGUGACAUACAUAGAAACAAGGAGCAGGAAUCUGAACAUUUGCACAAAUCGGUUGAAAGUUUACAAUAGGGGUUAACAACAAACUAACUUUAAAAACGUAAUAAUGAUUUGAACAAAGCAUGUGUUUUGCCUUUGUUAAGUACUCACAGUAUGGUAUACGUGCAAUAACAUACUCUGAGGUGUCCUGAUACAGAAAUAAUGGGAAAUGACUGAAAUAGAGAAAAAUUCCACUGCCUGAAGCAGAGCGGUGUUUCUUCUGUUAAUUCUGUUACUGGAUAUCAGGAAAACCUCAUCAGACAUUCUGUUUGGUAGUGAAACCUUUGGUAUUAACAGUAUUCAUCAGACAGAAUAAAACAGAAGAUUUAUAGCACUCUUAGCAAAUAGACUGGAUGGGAAAGCAGUUUGCCUGGCUCCAGUUUAAAAGGUUCAAAAAUAUGGCUAGCAACAACUCUAAAGCUCACUAAUGAACAUACUGUUUACCUUGUGAGUGUUCAUAGAGAAGUUAUUUGCUGGAGCAAUAGUACAGCCAGGCACAGUGACUCACUCACUUACUCACAAACAUGUUCACCUCCCAAAAUAUUAAAGUAUUUCUUUAAUGUAGCACAAGCGGAAGGUUAGGAGACAAAGUGGCACUUUACUGAAAAACUCUGAAGAGUCAGCAAUAAACGCAUACAAAACCUUUAAAAUGUAGUGUGAGAGUCAUCAACACCUUGUAAUCUAACUCAGUGGUACUGAAGGAACGACUAGAUUAGACUUUGUGUUUUCUUGAGUGAUUCUGAAAUUCUGUAGAUAUAAGUUGAUGAUUUGAAGUCUGAUGCAUUUCAAAGAAAGUUUUACUUCUACGUGUACAUGUUGUUUUAUUCACAAAGUAGAGAAAUGCUCAGGACUCAGCUAACAAGUAAAGAUAGCAGCAUUUAUUAAUUGAUGUGAAUGAUGGAUUGAUGGAUGGAUUGAUUGAUUGAGGGGCUGUCAACAGCAGGAGCAGAAACAGACAGAAGAUCAGAUUCACAAAUGGGUAAAAUACCCAUUUCAGUAUGGUGCCUUUGCUUAGUCUGUGCCUUCUGUCUAUAACAAGUAAUAUAUGAGACUGGAAUCAAGCUGCUUUAUGUUUAGCUAUCUGGCACAGACUGUAUUGUAUUCACUGUAUUCAUAGGAAGCUUUCAAUGAAUGCUAAUUGUGUCUCUUGAAGUAAAAGACUUACAAAAGUCUGAUAAAAUAUCCUCUGUGUUCAAAUUGUGUAGAGUUAAUUCUACUAAUAAUAAAUUAGAAAGGCAGACGGUGCGUCAUUUGA